AUAUCUCCUUCACUUUGGCCAGGGAUCAGCUGUGAGGCCAUCUCAAAUCAUCAGCUUUUGAUAAAUCCGCAUCCGACGAAAAUGUCCGCACCAAACCCAAAAGCUUUCCCUCUGGCCAAUGCCCAGUUAACCAACCAAAUAUUGGAUCUCAUUCAACAAGCCAGUCAUUAUAACCAAUUGAAAAAAGGUGCCAACGAAGCUACCAAAACUCUCAAUAGAGGUAUUUGCGAGUUCGUAGUUAUGGCAGCCGAUGUUGAACCUAUCGAAAUCGUUCUUCAUCUUCCUUUAUUGUGUGAAGAUAAGAAUGUUCCUUAUGUUUUCUUACCGUCUAAAACUGCGAUGGGUAGGGCUUGUGGAGUGAGCAGACCGGUCAUAGCUGCUAGUGUCACGACGAAUGAGGCUAGGGAAUUGAAUUCGCAGAUCCAAGCUAUAAAGAAUGAGAUCGAGAAACUGCUCAUCUAAUCCACUAUUUCCCUCCACCUCUAGUCUCAUCACACAUAGCAGGCAGUGAAACCUGUCGAGGAAAUGCGUUGCAGAUAGUGCAAGUGCUGGAAACAACAAUAUGAUGCAUCGCCCUCAAC